AUGAGUUUACCAGAAGACAUUCAUACUAAAAGUGAUAAUAAAAAGUAUCAAGAUUACAAGAAGCGUAUUCGAGAAAUUGAGGAAGAAAAUGACACUAUCACUGCUCAGCUUGCUAAAGCACGCCAUCACAUCAAGAGACUUCGAAUUGAAAGAAUUGUCUUAUUGGAGGAGAUCGAGGAUCUAAGACAAGUACGCCCUACACCUCGCUCUAGCAAAAAGUCCAAUGGCAUGCCUGCUUCUGCUGCAGCGUAUGCUUCUAUUGGAAAUUUGGGAGCUGACAGUGAUUCUGAAAUGUCCAUCUCAGAAUCUGUUAUAUCUGCUGAAACCAAAGGCACUCGAAAAAAUGCCUCUGCAACACCCAGAAAGAAGAGAGAUCCCAAUGCACCAAAGGGUCCUGGCAAUGUCUUCUUCUUGUAUUGUCGUAUGGAACGUGAUAACAUCAAAGAUGAAGUACCCAAUGAAAGUUUAGGCGAGGUGACUCGUUUGCUUGGCCAAAAGUGGAAAGCACUGACCAAAGAUCAAAAGCAAAAGUACUACGACAUUUACAAAAAGGAGCAAGAUGAAUAUGAAGUUGCAAUGAAGAGUUAUACAGCUGCUGGCGGAGGAAUUGAAGGUGCUGCCGCUGUUGAGGCUGCAGCCAACAAGAUCAAAGAAGAGGGUGGAGAGGAUGGCGAUCAUGACGAUAAACUAGACAUAGAUGAUGAGGAAGAAAUUGACAUGCUUCAAGAUGAGGAUGAUGAGGAAUUAGAUGACGAAGUGAUUGAGGAGGAUGAAGAUGAUCUUAUGGAUGGCCCCGCUGAUGAUGUUGAUGAAUUAUCAAAGGCUCAUACUACUGCAUUAUCUCCUCCUCCUCCUUCUUCUCAUACUGCCAACAAUGCAUCACAUCAACAACAGCAGCCUCAACCUCAACAGUCAUCCACCACUCCCAUUUAUCAACCUCAAUCUCAACAACCCCAACAACACCAUCUCGCUCCUCAUGCUGCUUUUGCGUCUCCUUCCUCAAUAGCAACAGACCAAUCUACUACUCCUAUGCCAGAAACACCUAAUAAUGCUGCUCUAUAA